CGAGUUUUAUUUUUCUUGUUGACGUUUAUUUUGUAAAAAAAAAUUGUUUUUUAUUUGUAUAGAAUGCAAGUCAUAUGCGGUAUCCAGAAUAUCCAUCAUAUUCGGCAAUAGAAAAACGUAUUCAAUCAUUUGAAUCUAGUUGGAUUUAUCCAAAUGGUAGUCGCCUAUCUAGUGUAGCUAUGGCUGAUGCUGGUUUUAUUUAUUUGGGUGAUGGUAAAGUAUGUUGUUUUUAUUGUGGCAAUAAGUUAUGUGAUUUUGAACCACGUGAUUGUCCAUUUGAAGAGCAUGCAACAUUUCAUCCAUUAUGUGAUUAUGUAAUACACAAGCGAGGCAAAGCUUAUAUAGAUCGAAUUUUGAAAGAGUCUUUACGAGUUUCACAUGCAAAACAAAAAUAUGAAAUGAGCGGUACACAACGACUUAAAUACAUUUCCUUCGAUAAAACUGGUCUAUCAAUAAACAAAAAUAGUCAUGAACCUGUAAAACGAAUUAAAAAACCAUUCACAACGACAGCAAAUCUAAUUACGGCACCUUCAAUAUUAAAUAAUUUGGAAACAAUUGAAGAUAUUUGUCAUAUCUGUUAUGAAAAUGCAGCUACAUAUGAAUAUGAUCCUUGUCAACAUAAUCAAAUGUGUGGUGAAUGUUUUGCAAAACUAACUGAACAACAACAUGAAGAAUGUUUUUGUUGUCUUACACCAGCAACAAUACGUGCGCGUGUGCAUACUAUGAGGUAUUUAUUUCAAUUUGAAUUUUCGAAAAAAAGGCAUUCGAUUUCAAACAGAAAUGGGGCAAUAGGGAGUCCUUAGACUUGUUCAACACUAAAUAGCUAUCCACUCCCCCCCCCCCCCCCCCCCCCCCCUUCUUUUUUCUAAAGAUGAGAAACUAUAAGGUCUUGGGGAAUCUUCAGGAUUAUUCAUAAGUUAAUAGCUAUAAACUUCCCCUUUUUUAGGAUGUGGGACUAGAAGAUCCAUAGAACUAUUCAUCACUUAAUAGCUGUAAAUUCCCUUUUUCUUAAAGAUACAGAACUAUGGGGUCUUGGGGAUCUUUAGGAUUAUUCAUUAGUUAAUAGCCGUAAACCCCUUUUUUAAAAAUAUGUGUGGGCGUGGACGUGGAUUUGGGCAUGAGCUUGCGUGUGGGUGGGAAUGGAUUUGGGUGCGUGUGUGGAUGU